AUGAAGGAUUUGGAAACUCUGAUCCUGAACAUUUUUCCAUUAAGCAAACGAUGUGUUUCAGGGAUCCGCAUUGUUGCUGUGGGUGUCUCCGGAGCUGACCCCGCUGAGCUGAACAGCAUCUUGCUGCAGCAGAACCUCCAGAAUGUUUUCUACGUCAGCACAUUUGAUGACUUUCCCCAUAUCGUCCAAGAGCUGAUAGAAAUCAUUUGUUCUGACCCGCAGCCUUCAGGGGCCCAGCCACUGCCUGGAGAGGGCGAACCAGGCUAUGUCCUGGGAGGAGUGGAGGUGAUUCCCAGGCGGAACGGGCAACCUGGCCCUCCUGGACAGAAAGGGCAGCCAGGGGUUCCUGGCGUAACAGGACCACCAGGUUUACCAGGGCCACAGGGGCCACCGGGGAUGUCCAUCAAGGGCGAACCAGGGGAUUCAGGUAUCAGGGGUCCUCGCGGGAGGAAUGGCCUCAAGGGUGACAAAGGAGGCGUGGGAGAGCCGGGAGUAAUGGGUCCUCCAGGAGUACCAGGAGCAAAGGGUAACAAAGGGCAAGUUGGUGUUAAAGGGGAAAAGGGGCUCCCAGGACCUCCAGGGCAGAAGGGAGACCAAGGGAACCCAGGAUUUCCAGGUGCUCCAGCUAUGGGGGUUUUGGGACCUCCAGGCAAGAAAGGUGUCAGGGGAGAGACUGGACCAACAGGGGCCCAGGGGCCACAAGGAAACAAAGGGAUACAAGGGGACAAAGGAGAGAAGGGAAACGUAGGUUUAUCUGGCAGACCUGGUCAAAAGGGGGAAAUAGGUCUGAAGGGAGAGAAAGGCGAACCAGGAUUGCCUGGGAAACAAGGCGAGACCGGACUAAGAGGUAAAGAUGGAGAACCAGGGCAGAAAGGCACCUCUGGGACCAAGGGAGAAGCUGGCAUCCCUGGAAAGCCAGGAGAGAGGGGAAUCAGGGGUCCACUAGGACUCCCAGGACGGCCUGGAGAGCAGGGGAUAAAAGGAGAUACAGGACAACCUGGAAAGGAUGGUAAGCCUGGGCUGCCUGGGACUCCUGGAAGCAUUAUAUCUUCUCUGGAGAACAACAUCAUCCUGAAAGGCGACAAGGACUUAUGA